AUGCCAAGACACAUAAGCUCACUUCAUUCAAUAAGUACCACUCCAAGCAUACCUGAUAAACGUGGUCCAAUAAAACCCGGGAAGUUUAUACGGCCGACGCCUAUAGUGCCUGCGCUCGGCAUACCAACAACACGCAGGCAACAUAAUUAUACUAGCUCACCAUUACCGUAUGACAAAUUAAAGCGGAACACAACCCCAGAAAAGUUUUCCUCACCAGGAACGCCGCGUUUACCCGAGUCAAAUAACGAUUUUGGCCUUGUACCUUUUGAGAAAAAGAUCGCCGAGUCUAUACCAGCGCGUCGACAAAGUUACGAGGUAAGCUCGUUUCCUGGUCCUUUGAUAGACGACGGUUAUCGACCGGAGAAGGGCAUAUACAUGACUCAUUGGCAUUUGAGAUGCAUUUCUGCACGCGGAUUAAAUCUUCCAGGUAAUCUUGGCGUCUGGGUAGUGUUGAAAGGAAUACGGAAAUACAAGGGAAAGUGGAAGGACUGGCAUACGUCAGCAAUUGUCGAUAGAGUUGACUCGCGGGUAGUGCUGACAUUAAGUGGACAAAUGUACUACCUAGCUGGUGAGGUCAUUGCUGAUACAAUGUUGGAUGAUGGAUUUUCGUCAGAGUUAAUAUCUCGAUUUUCGCAAGGAUUUCCUUCAGAUUGGAAAGCCUUGCUGGCUGUUGAGUUUGGAAAACAUCAAAGUCAUAAAAUAAUGACUAUGACAUCUACGCCUACAAAGCGCAACGAUGUCGUGAAUUGCGUUCGAGAUCGUUGUAUAGCAGAUGAUCGUUGUAUAGCAGAUGAUCGUUAUAUGGAAGAUGCUCGUCGUAUGGAAGAUGCUCGUUGUAUGGAAGAUGCUCGUCGUAUGGAAGAUGCUCGUCGUAUGGAAGAUGCUCGUCGUAUGGACGAUGCUCGUUGCACGGAAGAUGAUCAUUGUACGGAAGAUGAUCGCUGCACGGAAGAUGAUCGUUGCACGGAAGAUGACUUCUCUACCAAAUCACCUCCUCGUGAGAUAUCUGAUACAAGCAAGGAUUUAUUUAACGAGGCCGGGCCGAUUACGCCAUCACCAAAGCCGGUAGCGGAUUCUGACGUGAUUAUAUCAAAAGAUGUAAUUGCCAUCACUCGCUCAGGGCGGCGAAUAAAACGACCUGGUGCUUGGUGGGCCAACAGUCGAUGA